UCCUUAUUUGUGCUUCAAGGAAAUUUAAGGCGCAAGUAAAUUAUGUAGACUGCAAGUCUUCAUCAGUAAAGCUGGAAAAUUAAACCAACCCUUUGCAGUGUUGUUCGUCGCGUUCUGACCCAAGGGAAAAAAGAGAGACAGACGUUGGAAUAAGUUUCAACAGCGAGGGAUGGACGUCGAUUGAGAAGCUCCAACGACCAGAUGACUCGAUCAGUUUUAAGCUACGAAGAACCCAAUUCGUAGAAUUUGAUAAUUCUCAUGUACAGGCACAUCUGCAAUGAUAUAAUUGUCGUCUGGUAUAUGUCCAAUCUUCAAGUGGCUACAAACAAUUUCCUUAAUUUUGUUGGGCUCUCGCCUUCUCUUCAGCUAACCCUUUCACUCCGUUUGACUUCAUUUGAAGCAAUCUCCUGUAAUGUCCUAACGGGUCGUUUUCUUCGGGAUCCUGGGUUUGUUAUGCGAAUCGAUUCUGACCCCGUAAGAAAAAUGGGUACCUGGUCUUGUGAUCAGAGAAAGCUGGAAAUUUUGGGGGUCGGGGGAUUAGGGUUUGUGAGGGGGGUUAUUGUCGGUUUAUCAAUUUGGUUUGCUGUUUUACAGCCGGCAUCCGGGCUGAGACCGAUAAGGGAGAGUGCCGAGUGGCUUUUUGGUAGAGAAGAAGAGAGUGAAGUGGGACCGUUUCCUGCAUGGAAUAUAACGGGAACAUAUAGAGGGACUUGGAAUUUUCUAGAUUCUGCAAAUAGCUCUUCAAGAUUUCCAGACUUCAGAAAAGCAAAUGGCAACUCUGUCAUUGAGUUAGUCACAACUCCAACCAAGAUAACUGCUGUGCAUUAUGUGCAGGGCAGAGUUGUUUUCCGUGAUGUUUUUGGCAAUGAACGCAACUUGGGUGGUGGUACCCAAAUAAAAGUGGAAGGUGUAUAUAUAUGGCCCUUUAGGCAACUUCGUCUCGUGGCUAACAGUGGAAAGGGGACUGAUUUGGGGCAAGAAGACGAUCAUCUCCUCUGGAACACCUAUCAUUUGCUUGGAAUUUUCUCCUCACAAGUAUUUCAAGAAUCUCCAAGAGACAGAAUAAUGAGAAAGAAAAUUUCUUCGAUUUUUGAGAUGGAGAAGCAUUGUAACAUCGAAAUAGCAGCCCAGAUAUCACAUGUCGCUUCUAAUGAAAAUGAUGGAGAACAAGAUAGUUAUCAUAUUGAAGGUUUGAUGGAAAGUCCUGCGGUAGAUGACGACGGAGAUUGUUUCUCACCCUUGCUGCUAAAUGCAACUUCAGUAAACAUUGAAGUCUACUAUAACAAAGCUGUGAAUUAUACGUUGAUGGUCACUUUCAUCUCUUUUCUUCAGGUUCUUCUAUUAAUCCGACAAAUGGAAUACAGUAACACGCAAUCUGGUGCUGCCAAGAUAUCAAUUGUAAUGAUUGGGCAACAGUCGAUCAUGGAUUCUUAUCUCUGUCUUUUACAUCUGACAGCCGGGGUAUUAGUUGAAUCACUGUUUAACGCAUUUGCAACAGCCGCAUUCUUCAAAUUCGUAGUCUUUUCGUUUUUUGAGAUGAGAUAUCUUCUGGCCAUAUGGAAAGCUAGUCGGCCUUCAAACAGCGGAGAUGGCUGGGAAACAAUGAGACGUGAGCUACCAUUUCUGUAUAGUCGUUUCUAUGGGAUUCUUCUUGGAGGCAUUCUGAUAAUGUACGGGUUACACAACUACAUGAGGUCAAUUCUCCUCGUCAUGUACUCCUUCUGGAUGCCGCAGAUAAUUGCAAAUGUCAUCCGCGAUUCGAGGAAGCCUCUCCACCCAUACUACAUCUUGGGCAUGACGGUUACACGGCUAGCAGUACCUUUAUAUGUUUUUGGAUGCCCAAGCAACUUCAUGCGUGUAGAGCCCAGCAAGGUCUGGUGUGUAUGCUUAUGCGUGUUCAUUGGGUUUCAAGCUUCUCUUCUUCUUCUUCAGCAUUAUUUUGGAUCGCGUUGUUUCAUUCCUCAUCAGAUGUUACCUGAGAAAUACAUCUACUACAGAAGAUUAUUUGAUCAUGAUGUAAACCGUACCACCGACUGCGUCAUCUGCAUGACAGCCAUUGAUCUCAUGCAGCAUUCCGGCGACUGCAUGGUAAUGGUGACACCGUGUGAACAUUUCUUCCACUCGGGAUGUUUACAGAGAUGGAUGGACAUAAAAAUGGAUUGCCCGACAUGUCGGCGGCAGCUUCCCCCUUGUUAGAUGCUGUUCUCCAAUUUGGUGGCUCCUAGGGAGAUUUUUUAUGGUUUCUAGUCUGGCUAAUGUGGUUUGUAAAUGAGGAAAUUGGUGUAAGAAAACCCCACGCUCUUGUUUUCUUUUUCCUUUAAAAAAUCUAAGAUGACCCUUUCUUCAGUGUACAUGGGUUACAUUGCGGGUUAACAACGAAAUAUAUUGUAUUCUA